GCGCUGCCAAGAACCAACUCGCGGCAGGACUUGGAUCUUCCUAGGCACCGAGAGGUCCCCAACCUGGGCUGGAAGCUUGCCCUGCACAGGACUGGUGGCAUCCCAUGUGAAAAGCAGGAAAUAAAAUGAAGAUUUUUCAGUGCAGGAUGCAGUACUGGCUGUUUCCGGCUUUUUUGGCAAUUGCUUACUUUUGUACCAUUGUCCAGGGUCAAGUGGCUCCACCCACACGGUUAAGAUAUAAUGUAUUAUCUCAUGACAGUAUACAGAUUUCAUGGAAGGCUCCCAGAGGGAAAUUUGGUGGAUACAAACUUCUUGUGUCCCCAGCUUCAGGUGGAAAAACCAAUCAAUUGAAUCUUCAGAACACUGCGACUAAAGCAAUUAUUCAAGGUCUUAUGCCAGACCAGAAUUACACAGUUCAAAUUAUUGCAUACAAUAAAGACAAAGAAAGCAAGCCAGCCCAAGGUCAAUUCAGAAUUAAAGAUUUGGAAAAAAGAAAGGAUCCAAAACCCAGAGUCAAGGUGGACAAAGUAAAUGGUAGUAAACCAUCUGUACCAGAAGAAGUGAAAUUUUUCUGUGAAACUCCAGCCAUUGCUGAUAUUGUAAUCCUGGUUGAUGGUUCAUGGAGUAUUGGAAGAUUCAACUUCAGGCUGGUUCGGCUUUUCUUGGAAAACCUGGUUACAGCAUUUGAUGUGGGCUCAGAGAAGACUCGAAUUGGUCUUGCACAGUAUAGCGGUGACCCCAGAAUAGAAUGGCACUUGAAUGCCUUUAGCACAAAAGAUGAGGUGAUCGAAGCUGUCCGAAAUCUACCGUACAAGGGAGGAAAUACGUUGACAGGUCUUGCUUUGAACUACAUUUUUGAAAAUAGCUUUAAGCCAGAAGCAGGAGCAAGGACUGGAGUAUCCAAAAUUGGCAUUUUAAUCACAGACGGGAAGUCCCAGGAUGAUGUUAUUCCACCAUCCAGAAACCUUCGUGAGUCGGGUGUGGAACUGUUUGCCAUAGGGGUGAAGAACGCGGACGAGAACGAGCUGCAGGAGAUCGCCUCGGAACCGGACAGCACUCACGUGUACAACGUCGCCGAGUUUGACCUGAUGCACACGGUGGUGGAGAGCCUGACGCGGACCGUGUGCCUCCGCGUGGAGGAGCAGGACCGCGAGAUCAAAGCUUUAGCCCUUGCUACCAUUGGGCCGCCUACAGAGCUGAUUACUUCUGAAGUCACUGCCAGAAGCUUUAUGGUCAACUGGACUCACGCCCCAGGGAAGGUGGAAAAAUACAGAGUCGUGUAUUAUCCUACCAGGGGUGGAAAACCAAACGAGGUGGUGGUGGAUGGAAGUGUAAAUUCCACGGUGUUGAAAAACUUGAUGUCGUUCACUGAGUAUCAGGUAGCAGUCUUUGCAGUAUAUCCUCACACUGCUAGUGAAGGCCUACGGGGAACUGAAACCACACUUGCUUUACCCAUGGCUUCCAACCUUGAACUAUACGAUGUGACUGAGAACAGUCUGCGGGCAAAGUGGAACGCAGUGGCUGGAGCUUCGGGCUACCUGGUUCUCUACGCUCCGCUCACAGAGGGUCUGGCUGGGGAUGAGAAAGAGAUGAAAAUUGGACAGACCCACACGGAUAUUGAGCUGAGUGGGCUAUUGCCCAAUACGGAGUACACAGUGACAGUUUAUGCUAUGUUUGGAGAAGAGGCCAGCGAUCCUGUUUCAGGACAAGAAACAACAUUGCCCUUAAGUCCACCAAGAAACCUGAGAAUCUCCAAUGUUGGCUCUAACAGUGCUCGGUUAGCCUGGGACCCAACUUCAAGAAAGGUCAUUGGUUAUAAAAUUGUAUAUAACAACGCAGAUGGGACUGAAAUCAAUGAGGUUGAAGUCGACCCUAUCACUACAUUCCCGCUGAAGGGCCUGACACCCCUCACGGAGUAUACCAUUGCCAUCUCCUCCAUGUAUGAGGAAGGGCAGUCAGAGCCUCUGACUGGAAUGUUCACCACAGAGGAAGUUCCAGCCCAGCAAUACUUGGAAAUCGAUGAAGUGACAACAGAUGGCUUCAGAGUGACCUGGCAUCCCAUCUCGGCGGAUGAAGGGCAGCACAAGCUGAUGUGGAUCCCAGUCUAUGGUGGGAAGACCGAGGAAGUCAUCCUAAAAGAAGACCAAGACUCCCAUGUUAUUAAGGGCCUGGAUCCUGGCACUGAAUAUGAAGUUUCACUGUUGGCUGUACUGGAUGAUGGGAGCGAGAGUGAGGUGGUAACAGCUGUUGGGACCACACUUGACAGUGUUUGGACAGAACCACCUACAACCAUAGUACCUACCAGGCCUGUGACGUCAGUUUUCCGGACAGGAAUCAGAAACCUGGUUGUAGAUGAUGAAACCACUUCUAGCCUGCGGGUAAAAUGGGACAUUUCAGACAGCAGCGUGCAGCAGUUCAAGGUGACCUACCUGACUGCUCAAGGAGACCCUGAGGAAGAAGUGGUCAUGGUGCCUGGAAGCCAGAACAAUGUCAUUCUGAAACCUCUGCUUUCCGAUACCGAAUACAAAGUCACAGUGACUCCCAUCUACGAUGACGGAGAGGGUGUCAGCGUCUCAGCCCCUGGAAAAACCCUGCCACCCUCUGGUCCCCAGAACUUACGGGUCUCAGAAGAAUGGUAUAACAGAUUGCGUAUUACAUGGGAUCCCCCAUCUUCUCCUGUAAAGGGCUAUAGGAUUGUCUACAAACCUGUUAGUGUUGCUGGCCCGACCCUGGAAACUUUCGUGGGAGCUAACAUUAACACCAUUCUCAUCACAAACCUCCUCAGCGGAAUGGACUACAAUGUGAAGAUCUUUGCCUCCCAGGCCUCAGGCUUCAGCGAUGCCCUGACAGGCGUGGUGAAAACUCUGUUUUUGGGUGUGACCAAUCUUCAGGCAGACCAGAUUCAAAUGACCAGCUUGUGUGCUCAGUGGCAGGUACACCGUCACGCCACUGCCUACAGAAUAGUUAUAGAAUCUGUCCAGGAUGCACGACAGCAAGAAACUACUGUGGGUGGAGGGACAAGCAGGCAUUGCUUCUAUGGACUUCAGCCUGAUUCACGAUAUAAGAUCAGUGUUUACACAAGGGUUCAGGAGACUGAGGGACCCAGUGUGAGCAUCAUGGAGAAAACACAAUCGCCCCCCACUCAGCCACCUACUUUUCCUCCAACCAUUCCACCAGCAAAAGAAGUAUGUAAAACUGCCAAGGCAGACCUGGUGUUUAUGGUAGAUGGAUCCUGGAGUAUUGGAGAUGAAAAUUUCAACAAGAUCACUGACUUUCUGUAUAACACCGUUGGGGCCCUGAACAAGAUCGGUGCAGAUGGAACUCAAGUUGCAAUGGUUCAGUUUACUGAUGAUCCUAGAACAGAAUUUAAGCUAAACACUUACAAAACCAAAGAGACUCUUCUUGAUGCAAUUAAACAUGUUUCAUACAAAGGAGGAAAUACAAAAACAGGAAAAGCAAUUAAGUAUGUCCGAGACACCUUGUUUAAUUCAGAGUCAGGUAACAGAAGAGGCAUCCCCAAGGUCAUUGUAGUUAUAACUGAUGGACGAUCACAAGAUGAUGUGAACAAAAUCUCCAUGGAGAUGCAAUCAGAAGGCUACAGCAUUUUUGCAAUUGGUGUGGCUGAUGCAGAUUACUCAGAGUUGGUUAGCAUUGGCAGCAAGCCCAGUGCACGGCAUGUCUUCUUUGUGGAUGACUUUGACGCCUUCAAGAAAAUUGAGGAUGAGUUGAUUACUUUUGUCUGUGAAACUGCAUCAGCAACCUGCCCACUGUUGUACAAGGAUGGCAUUGAUCUUGCAGGAUUUAAGAUGAUGGAAAUGUUUGGUUUGGUUGAAAAGGAUUUUUCAUCGGUGGAAGGGGUUUCUAUGGAGCCUGGAACCUUCAAUGUGUAUCCUUGUUACCGACUUCAUCAAGACGCUCUGGUUUCCCAGCCAACCAGGCACUUGCAUCCAGAAGGAUUGCCCUCUGAUUACACAAUCAGUUUUCUAUUCCGGAUUCUCCCUGACACUCCAGAGGAGCCAUUUGCUCUUUGGGAGAUUUUAAAUAAAAAUUCAGACCCAUUGGUUGGAGUUAUUUUAGAUAAUGGUGGGAAAACCCUAACAUAUUUCAACUAUGACUACAGUGGAGAUUUUCAAACUGUUACUUUUGAAGGACCUGAAAUUAGGAAAAUUUUCUAUGGAAGCUUUCAUAAGCUACACAUUGUUGUCAACAAAACCGUGGCCAAAGUAGUUAUUGACUGCAAGCAAGUGGGUGAGAAGGCAAUCAACGAAUCAGCUAAUAUCACGGUGGAUGGCGUUGAAGUCCUAGGAAGAAUGGUGAGGUCAAGAGGACCAAACGGAAACUCCGCCCCGUUCCAGUUACAGAUGUUUGACAUUGUUUGCUCCACAUCGUGGGCCAGUAAAGACAAAUGCUGUGAAUUACCAGGCCUGAGGGAUGAGGAAACCUGCCCAGACCUUCCACACUCCUGCUCCUGUUCUGAAACCAGCAAAAGCGCUCUGGGACCCGCAGGCCCACCAGGUGGUCCAGGACUCAGAGGACCAAAGGGCCAACGAGGUGAACAGGGUCCAAAGGGACCAGAUGGCCCUCGGGGUGAAACUGGCCCUCCAGGACCUCAGGGUCCCCCUGGACCACAAGGACCAAGUGGUCUGUCUAUUCAAGGAAUGCCUGGAAUGCCAGGAGAGAAAGGAGAGAAAGGAGAGACUGGCUCACCUGGUCCACAGGGCAUCCCAGGAGGCGUUGGUUCACCAGGACGUGAUGGCUCUCCAGGCCAGAGGGGCUUUCCUGGAAAGGAUGGGGCCUCUGGCCCUCCAGGACCACCAGGACCAAUUGGCAUCCCCGGAGCCCCCGGAGUUCCAGGGAUCACAGGAAGCAUGGGACCCCAAGGUGCCCUGGGACCACCCGGUGUUCCUGGAGCAAAGGGAGAGCGGGGAGAACGAGGCGACCUGCAGUCUCAAGCCAUGGUGAGAGCGGUGGCGCGUCAGGUGUGCGAACAGCUCAUCCAGAGUCACAUGGCCAGGUACACAGCCAUCCUCAACCAGAUUCCCAGCCACUCCUCAUCAGUCCGGACUGUCCAAGGGCCUCCUGGGGAGCCGGGGAGACCCGGCCCUCCUGGAACCCCUGGUGAACAAGGACCCCCAGGUACCCCAGGCUUCCCAGGAAAUGCAGGUGUGCCAGGGACCCCCGGAGAACGAGGUUUAACUGGCAUCAAGGGAGAAAAAGGAAAUCCAGGCAUUGGAAGCCAAGGCCCAAGAGGACCCCCUGGGCCAGCAGGACCUGCUGGGGAGAGCCGGCCAGGAAGUCCGGGGCCCCCUGGCUCCCCUGGACCCCGGGGUCCGCCAGGUCACCUGGGGGUGCCUGGACCACAAGGCCCUUCUGGCCAGCCUGGAUACUGCGACCCCUCUUCGUGUUCUGCCUACGGGGUGGGAGCUCCCCAUCCUGACCAGCCGGAAUUCACUCCUGUCCAAGACGAGCUGGAAGCCAUGGAACUGUGGGGCUCUGGGAUCUGA